AUGCUUUUUCAAUGCUAUUUUCAAGGAGAGGUGGCCAGACUCCAGAGCCUGCUGCUCUCACUUCUGCUCCUUACAGCCUGAGGGAUUGGCAGUGGCCAGAUACUCUUGGUCCCUGAGGAAGCCAAACACAGCACCUUCGUGGGUCGCAUCACCCAGGACCUGGAGCUGGAGCUGGUGGAGCUGGUGCCAUGCCUGUUCUGGUGCAUGGGGAACUGGUUCCACAGGGAACUUCUGAAGAUGAAUCUGAAGAAUGGCAUUUUGUUUGUGAAUUCUCAGAUCCAUUGGGAGAAGCUGUGUGGACAGAGGGCCAAAUGUAGUAUCCACCUAGAGGUAAUCGUGGACAGGCCGCCUCAGGUUUUCCCUGUGGAUGUGGAGGUGCGCUUUAAUAAAAAUCCUCUGGUCUUUGGAGCAAGAGAAACAGGUUAAUUUAUUUCUGAAUCUAGAUUGCUAGAUUCGUAUUUCCCGAUAGAGGGCGCUGCUAUCACAGACAUUGGUACCAAUGCUAGUCUAACCCUCAGCUCCAGGGUUUAUUUCUCUUUGGGUGUACAGGCCGUGUACACAGUGUACUUAUUAGAGACUAUAGCAAAUGGAACAUUAGUGAUCACAUUAAACACCUGUGACGCUGAUGAAGGUUUAGAGGACCCUUCACUCUGCACUGUCAUUGCCUUCAUCUAUUUGUCCAACUGUGACUGUGGUGUCAGUGGAGCCCUGGACUGUGAAAGCAUGUUGAAAUAUGUGGUGAUGGUGACUGUAAGGUGCUCACUUUCCCUGUCGACCACGACCAACAUGUUCGUGGAGGUGGCCAAUGUGAACUGCAACAUGCCUGGCUGCUGCCUCCUGAGCUGGGUGACUGGGCCGUGCGGUGAGCCAGCUGGUGGCAGGCCGGUGGUAGGUGGCGAGCACAGCGCGUUCCUCGUGGGGCUGUACACUGGCGAAAUUCACACGACGCACGCCCUGGACAAGGUGGACGCACUGCACCUGUUGGUGCUGGUGAAGGACGAGGGUGAGCCCGCGCUGCCGGCCAUGGCUACUGUGCCAGAGGACAGCAGCCGGGUGCUCAAGGCCUCUUUGUGGGCUUCGAUGGGCAUCGCCGGAGCAGAAAUGGUGUUAGUGGAUGUCAACGUGUACCUGACCAUCACCAUCUGUGCGGUGUCCAGCCUGUAUGUCAUGCUGCCGCUGUACACGUCGCUGUGGUGCUCCGUGCUGCCCAGCGAGGGUGCAUGGUCCACGAAGCCUAAGCUGGUGUGCUCCAUCAUGGUGGGGAGCUGGUCUUACUCUCAGCAGACUCAGCAGAGGGCGUGCUCUGGGGAGGGACCACCCAACACCGACCUCAUGGCUUCCAGCUCCGUUUUUGUUCAGGUCUGA